UCUUUUAGUUUGUAGAGUUGUUUAGUUGUUUUCCCUGUGUGCGACUUUCCUGAUCUUCAUCAAUCCUGAAAAUAACUGGGGAAAAAUCCAGCAAGAGACAACAAUAUUCUCAGAUGGUCUGAGGGCUUGGAGUGAAUCAAGAUGCUGCUGCUGAUUGAAGCUCUUCUUCUAAUUUUUGCUGCUCUAGAACAGGAUCACAGAGCAUUUGCUGCAGGAACGAUUAAUCCACUGGAUAAAGCUCUGAAUUCUGUCGAUGCUCAAUAUAAAGGCUGUGAAGUAAAAAUGGCCAAUCUGGUGAAGACCAAAUAUCUGAAGAAGGAACUCAACAGCAUGCCUAAAUAUAAAAAGGUUUGGAUGGCUGGUGAAAAGCAUGUCAAGAAGCCAGCGGGUCACUUGACAAGGAAUCAUUUAAUCGCUCUUUAUGUGUACAUCGAUACCAGCCUAUACAAGGAUUUCAAUUCUGCUACUCGUAACGGUCGAAAACAGUACAAACAAAAGACCUUCAAAUGGUAUUCGCUGCACUUUCUGUUAACACAAGCCGUUCAGAUUCUGAGCAAAACACAGGGGUGCAUAAAGACGUAUCGCGGCACUUCGGUUGAAUUUACGAAGAAUGUUUUGAACAAAGAGAUUCGUUUCGGCUCAUUUGCGUCCUCGUCUCUCGAUCCUAAAGUAGCUCAAGGUUUUGGAAGCGUAUCUUGUUUUGAAAUUUUAACCUGUCAUGGUGCUCAUGUGGCACAGUAUUCACAGUUUCCUUAUGAGAAAGAGGUGCUGAUUCCUCCUUAUGAGAAGUUUCGAGUCACUGCUGUCCGGACGAAACAGUAUCAUUUUAAUCUCUGGUGCAACACUGUCUACACCUUGAAGAGCACAGGAACAAAAAGUGACCUGAACUGUGCGAUGACUCCCAAGAAAGCCGGGAGAUAAUAAACAAGUGUUAUAAUCAUAGAUAUAGAAAUAAUCAUAGAUAUGAUCUCUUGUUGUUUUACGCUAGUUAUUUGUCAUUGAAUUACUAACAUUCUGAAAUAAAUAGUUUA